ACGCACACUGGAACUAAUUAGUCAAUCUCGUUCCUUUUCAGCUCAUCAAUUUCUCUAUUCCUUUUUUCUCUUCUCUUUUCUUUCUGUAGAAUUUUCACCUGAAAAGCGCGAUGGAUAUUGAAGGAGAUUUUGAAGAUCAAUCGCCUCCGUCGUUCGAUCGAAUGAAAAAAGUGGCCCAGAAUGUUGAAGCCAAAGGAUUCAAUCCAGGAUUGAUAGUCUUAAUUCUUGUCGGUGGGCUGCUCUUGUUAUUCCUUGUUGGGAAUUAUGUGCUGUACAUGUAUGCCCAAAAAACUGUUCCUCCAAAGAAAAAGAAGCCCAUCUCAAAGAAGAAGAUGAAGAGGGAAAGACUGAAGCAAGGCAUUUCAGCACCAGGAGAAUAGAUUUAACAUGGGUUGUUCCCCUUACACAUUGAGCUGCUGUUUUCCGUAUACCUCAUAAUCAGAACCUUGUUAGCAAGCGUUGCAGUGUUUUAGGACUCUUAAUGAUAUAAAACUUGAACGGUAUAUUUAGAACCUACCAUGUCAUUUUGCAAGCUGACUCAGAAGAAAGAAUGCUAUUUAUCUCUUACGUGAUAGUUUUGCAUUUGUUCUCAAGUCAGACGGUUGUAGAUUUUGUUUAUAUUCAACUCAGUAUUUUAAUGUAUGAGUCUACUCACCCUUGCUGCA